AUGUCGAUAAAGGCAAUACAUAUCGAGGUCGUAAGUGAUUUGACAUCUGACGGGUUCCUCGCUGCCUUACGCAGAUUCAUGACCAGACGUGGUCUUCCGAAACAUAUCUAUUCGGACAACGGUACAAAUUUUGUAGACGCGAAUAACGAAUUAAGAGAAUUAUACGUUUUGCUCAAUUCAGAAGAAAAUAAGACUCGCGUGAACAAAUUCGCCUCCGAACAUCAUAUUACAUGGCAUUUUAUACCGCCAGCAGCUCCCCAUUUCGGCGGACUAUGGGAAGCCUCAGUAAAGCUUUUCAAACACCAUUUUAAACGAGUCAUAGGAGAUUCUUUAUUUACGUUCAAAGAGUUGAACACAUUCACCGUUGAAGUCGAGGGUAUCUUAAACUCCAGACCAAUUACUGCCAUUACUGGUACUAUCUCCUGCACAUAUUGUUUAAUUGAAAAAUCUUUAACGUCUCUGCCGGAGGAAAAUUUAUUAUCAGUUCCAGAUAACCGAUUAUCCACCUGGCAUCACAUACAAAAAGUGCGUCAGGAUUUCUGGUCACGUUGGAAUCUGGAAUACUUAAACAAAUUACAGACACGCGCUAAAUGGGACAAGGACAAGCCAAAUCUGACCAUUGGAGAUGUCGUCCUCAUCAAGGAUAGAACAUUACCUUGCAACCAAUGGGCUUUAGGCCGGAUUACAUCCUUACACCCAGGUGAUGAUGGGGUGGUACGAGUUGCCACAAUGAAAACUGCGACUGGAGAACUUAAGAGAUAUGUGAAAACAUUAUGUCCACUCCCGGUCGAAUCAUAA